CAGAGUGCGCGCAACGUAGCUCGCCUCUCGCUCAUUCCCAGAAAUGCUAGUUCUGGUCCCAGGGCAGUGAGAGGGGGAUGGCUGCGGCUCGCGUGGAAUACAUCGCUCCUUGGUGGGUUUAUUGGCUGCACAACCUUCCUCACCUAGAACUCAACCUACAGCCGAGGAGCAGCGAAUUCAACCCGACGGACUCAGGGUACCAGCAGUCACUGUUGUUCCUGGCUCUGUUUGUCGCCCUUUGUGCUGCCUUGAAUUUCCUCUUCAUUUCCAUCUAUCUGAUAUGCUUCUGCUGCCGCAAAAAAGAGGAAGAGACGGACACGAAGAAGGCGACCUCUUGCUGCAUCACAUGGACCGCGGCUGCAUCCGGCCUGCUGUGCUGUGCGGCAGUUGGCAUAGGAUUCUAUGGAAACAGCGAAACCAAUGAUGGCGUCUAUCAGCUCACGUAUUCCCUGGAUAAUGCCAACCACACAUUGGCAGGGUUAGAUUCUCUGGUUUCUGGUACCAGCUUGAAGAUGAAGGAGGGCUUGGACAUAUACCUGUUACGUCUGAAUGAGAUCUUUGCAACCCGUGGAGAAUAUGUGCAGAUCCUGCGAUACAUGCAGCAGAUGGCAGGCAGCAUUGCAAUGGAGCUGUCACGUCUGCCCAACUGGGAGGGAACAAGUUUUAACCUCUCUGCCAUUGCGCGACAGACGAGCUUCAUAGAGUAUUACAGGUGGCUUUCUUAUCUCUUCCUGUUUAUUGUGGAUCUGGUUAUCUGCCUCAUUACCUGCUUGGGACUUGCCAAACGCUCCAAAUGUCUCCUGCUUACAAUGCUGUGUUUUGGGAUGACAACACUACUAGUAAGCUGGGCAUCCCUGGCUCUCGAUACCUCAUCAGCAGUAGGAACCAGCGACUUCUGCGUGGCACCUGACAAAUUUAUUAUGAACAUGACGCAAGACCAAAUCAGCUCAGAAGUGCUUCAUUACUAUCUUUACUGCAGUCAAAGCCUGAAAAACCCAUUCCAGCAGGCCCUCACAAACUUCCAGAGGUACCUUACCACCAUGCAAAUCCAGAUCCAGAGUUUGCUCCUGUAUGCAGUACCCAUCUUCCCCACAGCCCAGAAGGACUUGCUGGGAAUACAACUUUUGCUUAACACUUCCGAGUCCAAUCUACACCAGAUCACAGCACUGCUGGACUGCAGAGGACUACAUAAGGAUUACUUGGAAGCUCUAAUUGGGGUCUGCUAUGAUGGUGUGGAAGGGCUGCUAUACCUUGCACUAUUUUCUAUCCUGGCAGCUCUGGCAUUCUCUGCUAUGGUGUGUGCUGUGCCACAAGCCUGGAAACAGCUGCUAGCCAGGGAUAGAGAUUAUAACGACAUAGAUGAGGAGGACCCAUUUAACCCGCAGGCUCGGCGGAUCGCUGUUCAUAACCCCAACCGCGCCCAGCUAAGGAGUUUCUGCAGCUUCAGCAGCAGUUUAGGCAGCCAGGCCAGCUUGCAGCCACCUACACAGCCCGUCUCCAAUGCACCAGUCGCAGAGUACAUGAACCAGGCGGCUCUCUUUGGUGGAAAUCCUCGCUACGAGAAUGUACCGCUGAUUGGGAGAGGAUCACCACCACCCACGUAUUCUCCGAGUAUGAGGGCCACAUAUCUCUCCGUGAACAACGAUUCAGCAAAUACUUAUGGGAGCGAGUUUCCUGCCUAAUCCCUUACACUGACCCUUGGCUGUGUUACAUAUCUUCCUACCCCACCCUGGCUGGUGGGAGGCGAUCAAGUGCUGGGGGCUGACCAUCACUAGCUUGGUGUGGUCAGUGGCUAGGCUGGCGUCUAAACCUACAGGAGAAAGUCUUCUGCUUCUUUGGAUGGACUUCAAUCUGUAACAUUAAAGGCAAAACUUAACUGAUAUGAGCAGAGGAUACUGACUGACUGCUCUCAGAUUUAUAUCACUUGUCAAGGAAUUGCCCUGAAUUGGAAAUGGAUACAGCAUUCUGGGUACAUUUUUAUGCCAAUGGAUGGCAAACUGAGAUACUAAGUAACUGUAUGUUAACUUCACAACCAUAGUGGACAGGACUAUCUGAUGCCCAGGGAGAAAUGUUGCUUUCAAUUCAAGGUUCUACAGAAGAGUUCUACAUCUGACUGCUUCUUGCAAAAAAAGAAGAAACUGAGAUGUUUAGCAGCUUCUUUUCUUUGCUUUCUAUUUUUCAACUUUCUGUGUAGAUUUAUUUAAUACAGUUCUGUUUAACUCAUUAUGCUAACAUGAAAGGGAUAUGAGACCCAACAAUGUUAUUUUGUGAUUCAUACAGAACAUAUGGUUUUCAUAAAGUUUCCAAUUUGCUUCUAUUAUCAAAUUUGCUUCGUUCCCAUGGUAUUUUAUUGUUGAAGAGAUACCUAGGUAGGCCUCUGGAGCACUACAUGGCAGGAAAUUAUGCUGCCAUCUAGUGCUCUUACAAAUGGAUACCAUUCCUGUAAAACUGCUGCCAUCUAGUGCUCUUACAAAUGGAUACCAUUCCUGUAAAACUGCUGCCAUCUAGUGCUCUUGCAAAUGGAUACCAUUCCUGUAAAACUGCUGCCAUCUAGCGCUCUUACAAAUGGAUACCAUUCCUGUAAAACUGCUGCCAUCUAGUGCUCUUACAAAUGGAUACCAUUCCUGUAAAACUGCUGCCAUCUAGCGCUCUUACAAAUGGAUACCAUUCCUGUAAAACUGCUGCCAUCUAGCGCUCUUACAAAUGGAUACCAUUCCUGUAAAACUGCUGCCAUCUAGCGCUCUUACAAAUGGAUACCAUUCCUGUAAAACUGCUGCCAUCUAGUGCUCUUGCAAAUGCUCAUGUGCAUGCUCCUGAGCAUUUUUACAACACAAGAUACCAGGACAACAAAGAAAAAUAGAAGUAAAUUAGAAAGUUAGUUAAAAUUCCAUGCUCUAUCUGAAUCAUGAUAGAAUUUUUUUUUAUUUCACGCCCCUAUAAAUUUCCAAGCGCUUCUUUUUUUUAAUUUUACAGGUGCUCACCAGUUAUCAUUGACCUGGUAAAAAUUGCAUCAGAAACCUGCACUCUCUAAUAAAUAGCCCUGACAUUCUAUUUCGCACCAUAUGAUUUGUAUCCAGCUACGUCUUUACUAAAUAUCCACUUCCAAUAAAUUGUGCAAGCCUGUUGCGGCUUUUAAUAUGAAAUUAUGUUUGUUUGGAUGGAAUUUAAUGACAUGGUUAUUGAUGUGAGGUUUUGGUGCCUUUUUCUUUUUAACUAAUGACGAGUCAACUUGUCAGAUAAAAACGCCUACAGAUUGGGGAAGACAAGUUAACUCGUUGGGGCCUAUUUAUCAAGCUCUGUAUAGAGAUUGAUGCCCGUGUUUGGCUCGCCAGAAACACAAGUUAUGAAGCAGCGGUCUAAAGACCGCUGCUCCAUAACCUGUCCGCCUGCUCUGAGGCGGCAGACAGACAUUGCCAAAAAUUAACCCGAUCCAAUACGAUCGGCAUGAUUGACACCCCCUGCUAGCGGCCGAUUAGGCGUGAAUCUGCAGGGGGCGGUAUUGCAUCAGCAGUACAUCAGGACUGCUGGUGCAAUGAUAAAUGCCGACAGCGUAUGCUAUUGGCAUUUAUCGAUGUGCGGCGGACAUGAUCCGCAAUAUCGGAUCAUGUCCGCUCGCACCUUCUUAAAUAUGCCCCAUAGUGUUUUAUAAUAACACGUGCACGAGGAAAGAUAUCAUUUGUUUUUCAUUCCCACAAUCAAUGCAGCCACAAUCUCUAGAUUCCUUUUUACUGAUUUAUAUAACAUGCUGUUCCGCCCAGUACACAAGAUGUAAUCCAGAAAUGACCCAGUUAACUGGUUGUUAACAACCAGCAACUUAAAGGGACACAAAAGUAAAAAUAAAAUGAUUCAGAUAGAGCAUACAAUUUUCAAAAAAAUGCCUUCCAAUUUACCUCCAUUAUCAAAAUGUGCAAAAUCUUUUUAUGCACAAUUUGGAGGCACCAGCUCCUACUGAGCAUGUGCAAGAGUUCACAGUAUAUACAUAUAUGCAUUUUGUGAUUGGCUGAUGGCUGUCACAUGAUACAGUGGUAGGGAAAAUGAACCUAAUUUUGAAAUUUUUUAGAGACAAAUCUGCUACUAAUUUAAAAGUGUUAUUGCAUUGUCUUUUUUUAUGCAUUUGUUGAUUAUGCAAUUAUAUUGUAAUUAAUGGUCUUUUAAACACCUGAUAAGUCCACUGUUCUUUUUAAAUAAACAAAAGUUUCUCCAA